GCUUUGACUGUGGAGCGAAGAACCCCAGCUGGGCCAGCAUCCCCUAUGGAGUGUUUCUAUGCAUUGACUGCUCUGGAAUACAUCGAUCCCUGGGAGUUCAUCUCAGCUUCAUCAGGUCCACUGAACUGGAUUGUAAUUGGAGCUGGUAUCAACUGAGGUGCAUGCAAGUUGGAGGCAAUGCCAAUGCUAAUGCUUUCUUCCACAAGCAUGGCUGUACCACUAAUGACACCAAUGCCAAGUACAACAGUCGCAGUGCUCAGAUGUAUCGGGAGAAGAUCCGGCAACUGGCCAGCGCAGCCAUGUCUAAACAUGGCACAGACCUAUGGAUAGAUGGAAUGCAUUGCACCCUUACUAGUUCCCCAGAGAGGAAGGAGUCAGACUUCUUUGCUGAACUAACCCAGUUUUCCAGUACAUGGGAGGCAACUCCUGUUGCUGAGCCAACAGCUGUGACAAGUCCUUCUGCUGCAAAAGAGGUGACCAGUGCCCCUGUGAGCAGUGAGCCAAUAGGUGUGGAGACUGGCCCCAGUAUUGACAUUCUGAGCACGUCACCCAUAGCCACAGUUGACCGGGCCAUGUGCCUCUCUGCUCAAGAGCCGCCCCCCAGCACAGAGGUGAAACCAUGUCUCAUUGGAAAGAAGAAGCCUGCUGCGGCAAAGAAAGGACUAGGGGCUAAGAAAGGUCUUGGUGCCCAGAAGGUGAGCAGCCAAAGCUUCAGUGAAAUUGAGCGACAGGCCCAGGUGGCAGAAAAGAUGAGAGAGCAGCAAGUGGCUGAACUGAGGAAAGAAGCAGAAGAGUCCCUCGUUUCUUCCAUGAGACUUGCCUACCAGGAGCUUCAGCUGGAUAGGAAGAAAGAGGAGAAGAAGAUGCAGAACCUUGAAGGGAAGAAACGGGAGCAGGCAGAACGUCUGGGCAUGGGCAUGACUUCCAGGAGUUCUAUCUCACACUCUGUCCUGUCUGAGAUGCAUGUGAUCGAGCAGGAGACACCUGUUGCAACUAAAUCAUCACGAUCUCAGCUUGACCUGUUGGAAGACUCCAGCUUCACCUCUGGACCGCCAAAAUAUAAAGACAACCCAUUCUCGCUAGGAGAAGGCUUUAGCUCAAGAUGGGAAACCGAAAACUCUACCUGGGGGACUGCAGAUAAGGUUGAGGAUGAGCGAGAGGUGACCAUCUCCAGUAUUCAGCCAGUACGAGACCGGCCUGCAAACCGGAGAAAACCAGAGCCUACCCCAGCUCCAGAGUCCAAUGAAGCACGCACAAAAUUCGCCAGCGCCAAAGCCAUCUCCUCAGACAUGUUUUUUGGCAGAGAGCAGGAUGCUGAGUAUGAAACUCGGUCCCGCCUGCAGCAGCUCUCCUCCAACAAUGCCAUCAGCUCGGCUGACCUCUUUGGAGAUGCAGACUCUGUAAACGAAGCAGCUGGGGUCUCAUUGGGGAACGUUCUGCCCUCUACUGACAUCACACACUUUAAGCAGGGUGUGAAAUCUGUUGCAGGCAAGAUGGCUGUAUUGGCAAACGGUGUCAUGAACACCUUACAGGAUCGAUACAGCUCCUACUAAGUCAUCAGGCAAGAACCUGGAGUCUACUGCUGUAGCAUCUUACCCAUUUACCCACCAGAUAAGGGCUGGGAAAUAGAGGGGCGAGACUGGGAGAGAGUGACCUGCGUCUCUCCAGCGGGUGGCGAAUAACACCCCUUCUUCGGAGAUGACCGCUUCAGUAUUCCUCAAACGCCACCGGAUCAUUGUCCCCCCCCCUCCCACCUCUGCUGUUGCUUGUUCCCAUCAGCUGCUCCCAACCUCUCCGGAGGAUUUGCUGCUUCCCCUUCCUGCUAGGGACGCCCAGAGAUUGUGCUUUUAAUGUGUGUUCGUGUGAGAUGAUACAUGGGGUGUGUUGUGAGGGACACUGAUGUUGCUGCAGACAAGAUGUAUAUGUAAUAUGAAUGUGCGUAGUGGACAGGAUGACAGUGGUGGCAGUGCGUGCAGUAGGGAGGGUUUUAGGAACCUCGUUCAGAAACUCUAAUGACUGUUACUGUCUGGAUGAGGCCUCUCCUCUCUCUUAUUUGAGUGGAAUCCUAUCAUGUGAUUUAUUAACCCCUUGUGUCCCGGCAUUUCCUUUUUGUGUUUUUUAUUCCUUUUCAUCUGGACUAUAUUGGGGCACGGAGACUAUGCAGGCCCUGACAUGGCAGGUUAGGCACCAAUGAGGCUGGUUGCAUGACUAUUUAUUUUCACGUCUCUUGGCAGACCUGCGAUUGCCGGUCACGUGUGAGGUAGGGGAUGUAAAUUGCCUUGAAAGCCACAUACAGUGUUUUGCCAGAUAAAAGUGAAUAAAAAAAAAUACUGAGGC